CUCUCUCUCUCUCUCUCUCUCUAGUCCCUAUCCAUCCUCAUCCUCAUUCUCCACCUCUUCACUCACCUACCAGUCAGAAAAAAUUAAUGGACAGCAAUGGCAAAGAAACCACAGCAGUUACCCAGACUCGCCUCAACAGAUUCACACUCCUCUGUGCUCUUCUCGCUUCCACCAACUCCAUUCUCCUCGGUUAUGAUAUUGGGGUUAUGAGUGGGGCAGCGGUGUUGAUAAGGGAAAACCUAAAAAUCUCAUCAGUGCAAGAGGAAGUGUUGGUGGGAACCCUGAACGUGUUCUCUCUAAUUGGAUCACUGGCAUCUGGAAAAACCUCUGAUUGGAUUGGAAGGCGUUACACAAUUGUGUUGGCAGCUUCCACAUUCCUAGUUGGUGCCAUCUUCAUGGGUCUUGCACCAUCCUUCCAUUUCAUAUUAGCUGGUAGAGUAGUCGCUGGUAUUGGUGUUGGCUAUGCACUCAUGAUUGCACCUCUCUACACAACUGAACUCUCCCCUGCUAUGACACGUGGCUUCCUCACUUCCCUCCCCGAAGUCUUCAUCACUCUCGGCAUUCUCCUUGGCUAUGUCAUCAACUAUUCUCUUUCGGGUCUCCCUCAAAACUUGGGUUGGAGACUCAUGCUUGGCCUUGCAGCCAUACCCGCUAUUGGUAUUGGUUUAGGUGUCAUAGCCAUGCCCGAGUCCCCUCGUUGGCUCGCUAUGAAAGGAAGACUUGACGAUGCAAAACGUGUUCUCCUCACUAUCUCAUCAAAUCCUGAGGAAGCUGAGUCAAGGCUUCAAGAAAUAACCAAAGCCGCAUCCUUGCUCUCAAGCCCAAGCCCAAGCACAAGCCCAAUUGGUAAUUGGUCUGGCCAGGGUGUUUGGAAGGAGCUCUUGCUAAGCCCUUCUCGGCCCAUUAGGCGCAUGCUUGUUUCUGCCAUUGGGAUCAACUUCUUCAUGCAAGCCUCCGGAAACGACGCCGUUAUAUAUUACUGCCCGGAGAUAUUCAAAGCCGCCGGAAUUCACAGCAAGAAACAACUCUUUGGGGUUAAUGUGAUCAUGGGUUUGGCUAAGAGCUUUUUUGUUUUGCUUUCUGCACUCUACUUGGACAAGUUUGGAAGGCGGCCUCUUUUGUUGUUGGGCUCAUUUGGCAUGGCGGUGUCCCUGUCUGGCUUGGGCCUGGGCUCAAAGAUUCUAGAGGAUUCAACCAGGAAGCCCGUCUGGGCUGUUGUGUUGUGUAUCGUGGCUGUGUGUGCCGAUGUUUCUUUCUUUUCUAUUGGGCUUGGGCCCAUUACGUGGGUAUACUCAUCCGAGAUUUUUCCAAUGAGGCUUCGGGCACAAGGUUCAAGUCUUGCAAUUUCGGUGAAUCGGUUGGUGAGUGGGAUAGUGUCCAUGACGUUCUUGACCAUAUCCAAGAAGAUAACAUUUGGAGGAAUGUUCUUUGUGCUGGCAGGGAUCAUGGUGCUGGCUACGGCUUUCUUUUAUGUAUUUAUGCCGGAGACCAAAGGCAAGUCCUUAGAAGAAAUGGAAACUCUUUUUGAGGAUAAUAAUAAUAAUAAUAAUAAUAAUAAUAAUAAGAAACAUAGUAAUGAUAGGGGGACGGAAAUAGAAGUUGUUUAGGGGGAGGUGUUGCUAGAUUCGGGUAUGUGUUUCCUUUCUCCUUUCU